AUGGCGUGGGCCAUGAUGAUAUUUCCUCAGAUUUCAUGGCGCAUCUUUUUAAUUCAUUACGUCCCUGGUCCACCCCCCUGGGCCGCGCACAUGCCGCCGGUCAUGAUUUGCAUCCCCCCCUCUCUGGACCCCCCCCUCUUGGCAGCCCCCGAGGUGGUGGAGCAGACGCAGGAUGGGCAGAAGUUUAAUCGGGGCCAGCUGCUCAACGUGGGGCUCCGGCUGGCGCAGGGGGCCUUGCCUGGAAUCACGUCAUUCAUCACGCACGAUGUGGACCUGCUGCCCUCUAUGGACAUGCGCCCCGCGUAUGCCAAGCCUCCACCCCCGGGGACCGCAGUGCACCUGGCGUCCGUCUGGCCCAAGUACACUUACCCAGGCUUUCUUGGCGGCGUGCUGUCCUUUCGGCCAGAGGACUUCGAGCGGGCCAAUGGUUACCCCAAUAAUUACUGGGGCUGGGGUUUGGAGGACGACCAGCUCGCUCUGCGCAUGUCGAAGUGUAACAUUCGAACGAUCCGGCUGCGCGAAGGGAUUGGCACCUUCAUUGACUUAGACGAGAUGAACAUGAAGGGCGUUCUGGACCGCGGGCAGGGGGAAGAGGUGCGGCGGCACUUGCCCUGGUACAACGCGCAGCUCUUCCAAAAGGGCGCACUCUUGAUCGACGGGGACUGGCAGGUCAACGGGCUCGGCGACCUUGACUACGAGGUCUCGGGCGAGGGAGCUUUGGCCAGAGCCCUGAAGACUUCAGAGGCCCGACCCAUCGGCCCUGUCAGUGGAUGUCGAUCCCCUGCCAGACCGGGGGGCCGUGUUCUGCAAGGUUGGGGCCACUCAUAUGUCGACUAG